GGAUCAGAGAUGCUGCCAUAAGCUCACCUGCCAGACCCCUUUCUCUCCUCCUGCUGUCACAACAGUGGUGCACUUCACCAGAGUCACUUGGUCCCUAUUGUUUUCAUCUGGGAGUUGUAUGCUCGAUAUCUCUGGCCAGCACACCAACAGCACAGAGCAUGGAGAUUCUGGGAAGGUGUGAGUCCUUUUCCCUCUGGAUAACUGUGCUGUCCUUUGGAAGGGUUCUCUCCAUGGAUUUCUCUUACCUGGGAUCCUCCCUGAGCCUGCAGUCCUCUUGCCAGGAGAACACAACACAGGUACUUUUAUAUUACCAAGGGAUUGCUUCUCCUUGUUCCAGUACCGAAGAUGGGAUUUGCAGGGCUGUGAAUUGCACUUCCAGGGUCCCCUCCACAGGUUUACAGAACUCCACAGCCCUGUGCCAGCUAGAGGGAGAGGCGGCCAUCUUCCCCGCUUCCCCUGGAUCCUUCCCCAUGAGGCUCUCCAGCUGCUGCUGGUCCCAGACUGUGCUCGCUCCCAGUCAGGAUAACAACUCCAGUGUCCAGUUUGAGAUGGUGAUGACUUAUACCCUGGGUGCCCGCUCUGAUACAGGAUCGACAAACACCUCUCCGCAGACUCCGCUUCUGCCUCCUCUCAGAGUUCCCCAAAACUGUGCUACAGUGUAUAAUCUGAGUGUCUCAGACCAAGAUGGGGAUGUAGUGAGGUGCCGAUAUGGGCGGCGAGAGGAGCUUGCCUGUGCUUUCUGCAAGAAGUACCCUUUUCUGCAUUUGGAUGAGGCAAGAAGGAUGCACCCUUACGUAUGA